AUGCCUCCACGACCACCAACGUCUGUUAUCGACGUUCUUCAUAGAGGAUUUGUUACCGCAUGUCUUGGAGUAUUCCUCCUUGGUGGUGUUAUGGCCGUCUCAACACAUAAUAACACGAUGCGCAAAGGUCAAGAGGUCACGCAUUUGAGGAAGCAACGGGAACAAGCUGCAGAGACUGGCUCGGGUGUCGAGGAUCGUUUAGCCAAUGCGGCGCAAGAUGUGGUCGCUGCCCGCUCUCAAGACAUUGCAAAGCGGCUCUAA